AUGAACAAAUCUUUCUCCAGAAUAUUUUAUUACUCACAAUACACAUUCCUUGAGAAACCCAAAUAUGUAUCACCAUUAUUACGAAAUAAAGGUCAAUUCUCAAGAGUAUACAGUUCACUAAAAGAACAAAAAAAUAGCUAUUUAAUUGAAACUAAUGAACUAUAUGAUCUUAUAAAAAGUAAAAAAAAAUAUUUACUGUUUGACGUUAGUUGGUAUAAUAUAAAAAAUGAUAAUGAAUAUACUAAUGACGAUGAUAAUCUCGAAAAAAUAGAAUCAAGUAUCAAUUUUAAUUCAAACAUUAUUUCAAAUCAGGAUUCAAAUAUUUCUUCCUUUUCAUUUCCAACUCAAUCUGAAUUUUUUAGUUACCUUAGAGAAUUACUGAUAAAACAUGAAAUAGUAAUAAAUAUUAACUCUUUAGAAAAUAUUCCAUUCAUAUUUUAUGAAAAAGAUGACAUUUUUUAUUCUCCGAGAAUAUGGUUCAUUUUUAAAAUAUUUGGUUUUAAUAAUGUGAAAAUUUUAAAUGGUGGUUUAAACAAAUGGAUAAGCGAAGGAAAAUAUGUGAUAAGUCAAAAUGAGACAGAAUAUAAUCAUAAUAAUAUCACAUCAGAUAAAGAGCGAAUCAAACACGUUGAUCAAAUGAUAGAAGAACACUUAAUAAGAAAUAAGGAAAGUAUAAAGACUAAUUUAAAAAAAUAUAUAUACAAUUAUUCUGAUAUAGAAAAUUAUAUAGCUCAAAAGAAAAACAAUAAAUUAAAGACGACUAUACUAAUUGAUACUCGGCCUAAUGCUUCUUUUAGUUCAUUACUAUUAAUAAAUAAUAAAAAAACAAAAAUAAAUAAUCAUAUACCAUUUUCAAUAAAUAUACCUUAUCAUUAUUUUAUAAACAGUAACCAAGAAUUAUAUAAAUAUUUUACAUUUAAAAGUAAAUUAGAGUUAAGAAAUAUUUGCAAUGCCUAUGGAAUAUUAAAUGAACAAAAUGUUAUAAUAGCAACAUGUAAUAAAGGUAUAACUGCUUGUAUUUUAAUAUAUAUUUUAUGUCUUCUAAAUAUCCCUUUUUCAAAUUUGAUACUAUAUCAUGGAAGUUUUUCCGAAUAUAAAUAUUAUAAAUAUAAUAUUUCAUAG